AUGGUAUUGAUUUGGUCAUUCCUACGCUCUAGCGCUGCUCAGCACGUACUACAACGCAGCUCUGUUCGUUACUUUUCGUUCUCGUCUAAAACUGCAUCUUCUACUGCUGCUACCAAGUCCAAAGAUCCUCCUUUUAACCGUUAUUUUUGGUACACGACGGGAAUUCUGCUGGGCAUUCCGGGAGCAAUUGGUGCUGUGUUUGUGUACAAUCUAAAGACAGAUCACGAGUUCUAUGAUCAUUUCAACGACCGGUAUCCCGAUCUUAUUGAAGGUAUUAACAGAUAUGUGCCGCUUAAUGAGACGCUGUUGGAACUGGCGAGUCGUGAAGACAUUGGACCUAUUGGCUCGACGGAAGACCUGAUUAACGAGACGGUGUCGGUAGUAGUAGAGCUGCAGUCGCGUCAGAAAGUAUGGCUUGAGAUGCCUGGCUCGGCCACUCAGGAGGAGAUUGAGGCGUUGGCGGUCAAGCAAUCGGCGCAUCCAGACAAAGAUCGAGUGAUUGCAAUUGCGCUUGCUGAAAACGAAAAGAGUGAAAAGGACGACAAGCUGCCGGUGCCGACUACACAAGAAUCUUGGCCACCGGCUCCUCGUGUGACGUGGGGCAGUGCUGCUGCGCAGCUGAAGAAAAACAAGACGCCGUUAAAUUUAGAGAAAAAGCUUCGGCUGGAGAUUGCCGAGAUUCGUGCCAAGCAGAAGGCACUUGAGGAAUCCAAGUACGCAGGACGCGAUAUUGACGAAGCCGACGAGGAAAUUGGGGCUCUUGAGGAGCGCAAGAUCAUGCUGAAGAAACAGCUUCCACGUAAACGCUUUCUCAGGAUCUUUUAG